AUGGAGAUUUGGGAUUUGUACUUUGGGCUGUCCAUGUGCAGCAGGCGCGGCGCCCCGGGAUUCCGGCCCGCCGCGAGAUGCCAGCCUGCCUGUGGGCAGAUUUGGCAGUGCCAGGGUCCCAGUGGCGUCAACAGCCGCAGCACAUCUCGGAGCGUAAGAAGCGGGAAGGAUGCCGCUCCCACUCCGGCCGCGGCCCGUGACGAGAUCCGCGAGGUCCGGGGCCUCGGUCGGGCAGGGCACCUUGCAGGCUUUCCAGCAUUGCAAGCAUUUGAUGUUGAGAAAGCUGUGGUCCAGUUGCAGAGCAAGAAAUUCGCUCUUGGCUAUUGUGCGGACCCACUUGUGACUCGAAACUUGCAGCAUCUCCAGGCGGACUUGAUGAAGCCCUUGCAGGAAGCUCUGGACAACGAGCCCAGCGAGGACAUGGUCCCUUGGGUGGACACACUCCUCAGCGAAGUGGAAACGCAGGUGCAGCAGCUCCAAGAGCAGGCGCAGAUCUGCAUGCGGGGGUGUCCGGGCCGCCUCGUGGAAGGAGGCGUCCAAGGGGCUGAGGCUGCGGCUCAGGCCGUGGACCGUGGAGUCUGGAAAGCUGUUGUGAACAAUGUUAUGAAGGGCCAUGCACAGGGACCCGCCUCCUACAGCACGAGAUCGGGCGCCCUCUGCAUCUCGCCCGACAAAGUUGCCAUAGCUUCCUCGCCGCAAGUGGGCCGUCUCGCUUCGAUUAAGUCAGAGGCCAUCCGGAGUGACAUGGGCACGCCGACGGAUUCCGCCUUUGGCAGUGUGGCCUACCCGGGCGCACUCUUAGGUUCCAUACCGGAGCUUCCCAGCAACCUCGCGGCGGCGCACUUGCAAUUUAUGAUCCACAAAGCGGCAACGUCUCCGAGUGCUGACCCGUUUGGGUCUGCAAAGUCGCAGGCACCAGUCGUGUGGUUUCGCAAUGCUGACUUCCAAGCUGCGCAGUCCCCGACUUCCGGUGCCUUUGGCUCCAUGAAAUCGCAGGUGCCGCCGUCGCCAGCAGGGCCGGCAGAUGCGUCCAGAUCGCAGGCGGCGCAGUCUCCAAGUGCUGGCGCAUUUGGGUCCGUGAAGUCGCAGGCACAGCAGCUGGCGCACGAGUCGAACGGUGUCCCAGUGCUACCUUCCAAUUCGUUCUGUCACGCUGCUGCGCAGUCCCCGACUUCCGGUGCCUUUGGCUCCAUGAAAUCGCAGGUGCCGCCGUCGCCAGCAGGGCCGGCAGCGGCAGAUGCGUCCAGGUCGCAGGCUGCGCAGUCCCCGACUUCCGGUGCCUUUGGCUCCAUGAAAUCGCAGGUGCUGCCGUCGCCAGCGGGGCCGGCAGAUGCGUCCAGAUCGCAGGCGGCGCAGUCUCCAAGUGCUGGCGCAUUUGGGUCCGUGAAGUCGCAGGUCCCCCCGUCACCUCCAGCUUGGCCGGCAGCACAGCAGUCUCCUGGUGGAGCCUUUGGCUCACUUUCGUCUUUCAAGGUGCCACCAUCACCGGCGGCCGGAUCGUCUGCAUCCGAGGCGGCAAGGUCUCCAGCUGCCGGCCCCACUGUAUCCUUUGCUUCCCAGGGACCAGCUUCUCCACCCAGUGGCAGCCCUCCGGCCGCUGAUCCGUGGCAGUCUCUACGGUCUUGGAUGGGCGACCCUUUCGGGACAAGCGCAAACCAGACGAGUACGGCAGCAUGGCCGGCCGCGCAGGUCUCUUCCCCGGACGUCGGCAAGCGGAACAGCUUCUCCAGCAAGUCGCCUGCCUCCGCGCGCUUUGACAUGUGGCCUAAAGCUGCUGGGGACACGGAACCCGCGCCCGGAUGGCCGAGCGAUGCAUCUGACACUCCCUUGGACGCCUCGCCGGCCCUAGCUGCUCAGCAGUCACCAGCAGGUGGAAGGUCCGUAGCUUCAGCAGCUUCAGUUCGCUUGAAGCGCGAGCAGGAAGCAGCCAAGCGGACGCUGGCCAGUGCCAUGGGUGGCUCUCAACCGGACAUGCACUUUCUGGCUACGGCGGUGCAUGGUGCCAAAUCCUGCGGACUGGACGAGGCGGAGCCGGACCUGGUCCAUCAGGCGGAGCGCACCCUUGAGAAGGCACAGCGAGAGACCUCCAUGGCGGAGCUGCGCGAGUCUUUGGGCUCUGCAACUUCUGCGGUGUCCGCUCGUCUGAGUACACAGGAUCCUGCUCCGGAGGACGUGACCAGGCUGCGAUCGGUGCUGGGCGAGGCUCGAGCCAGUGCGAGUUUCAGUGAUGCAGAGCUCGUACAGGCCGAGCAGACGCUUUUCAAGGCAUCGCAGCUCCAGCAGGCCACGCUCCAGCAGGCUGCCUCUGCGGCUGCGAGUCCGAAGCCGCCGCAGGCCUCCUCUCCUGCCAGGGUGCCCGUCGCGCCGGCGGCGGCCACACCUAUGUCUUCACCUGCCUCGCCCGCCUCGCCCGCCUCGCCCACUCCGCCAGCUGAGCAGUUGGCCAUGAAGGACAAGGUGUCGAAGCUGCUCCAGACUCUGCUGGCAGGAGGCAGCGCACCGGAGUCGCUCCGCAAGGCCGCAGAGGUCGCAGCUGCGGCAGGCCUUGCACCCGAGAUUUGUGCCUACGCGCGAUCGGCUGCAGAGAGUCGGAGCAUCGCCCAUGAAAAGGCUGUCGCAGCAUUGGCGUCUGGGAAUCUUGAUGCGAUUCGUCAAGCGAAGAUCGAUGUCGAGCUGGCCGGGGGUCCGAACUCCGAUCUGCGGCAGCUCACGCAGGUCUUGGACAUGCAGCGGGGGCCCGCUCGCGCCCUGAGAGAAGGAGAUCCAAAUUUCGGCGCUCCUCCCAUGCUUCCAAGUCAGGUGGACGUGGAAGAGCUGCGACAGCGUGAGGAGCUGUGGCCUGAGACGUGUGGAAAAAAGCUCAGGGACGAGAGUUGGACGUAA